AGUAAUUCAGAAACGAUUGGAAUCGAAGAUCGCGAAAGUCCGACGAGUGUCGACGACGAAUUUAAAAACGUAAUGGAAAAUCCAGAGAAAGACGAGUCGAUGAAAGUAUUAAAGGAUGACAAGAUCGACGUAAAUGAAGAAAAUCGCGUCGAAACGAACGAACCGAAAACCUACGAGGUAAAGGCGAUUACUAAUUUAACUGAAAGUGAAUCUAAUAAAAAAAUGUCGACGAACGAAAGCGAGAACGAUAGUGAUUCGGAAGAAUAUACAUUGGUUUUCUACGACAGUGGAUCGGACGUUCAAACGGUCAUCAAUCAGGAAGGAAUCAUCGAGGAUACGUCGAGUUCUUUCUCGGCACGUGAAAAUGCUGAUGAUCGAAGAAAAAUGAUCUCGGACGGAGCAAGGAUCAUCGAGAUAAAUGAUUCCACGAAUGAUCUUAUCGUAGAGAGCGAGGUUUCUAACGGCGUACUUUUACAAGAAAAUGACUCGAACGUAUUUAAUCGUCGAGAAAGUUUUGAGAAUCGUUCGAACGAACAUUUAAAAGACGACAGUUGUGCCAGCAUAGAUUUCGAGGAAUUAGAAAAAUCUUUAGCCGUUCUACAGGUCAACGACGAAAGAACGUCGAUAGAUUUUUCGAUUGAUUCGGAGUUGGAUAAAAUAGUUAUGGAGGAAGAGGAACAGGAAGAGGAAGAGGAACAGGAAGAGGAAAAGGAAAAGGAAGAAGACAAUUUGAAAAGACAAAACGAGCUCGUAGAAGUUGGAAAACGAUUAGACAAACUGGCCUCGAUACUUUUUGAAAAUUCUAACGAAUUACGUCUCGAAAGUUUCGAAGAUAUGCUGUACUACCUCAACCCGGAAGACGCUAUAAACAUAAUGAAUAUGGAAGGGAAAGGUUCUUCCGGUAGCGAUAAGUUCAUGGAAAAGAUCGAAAAAGAUUUCUGUUCGGAUUUAUCGAUCGAACGUCUCGACGAAGAAAACACGAAGAACGAACAGGAAGAAUUGUUCGAGUAUUUCGACGCUUUGGACAUAAACGAAUCUACCGUCGACGAAAGGCACUUUAACACGGAAGAAAAACCCAUUGAAUUAAGCAAUGAGAAUCUUGGAGUAGACAUGACCGAAAUUCAUGCCAAAACUUUGGCUAAGUUAUUGGAUUCUACUCAUUACAAAUCCGAGCUAGAGGUAAAUGAAAUUUUGAAAAAAAUCAAUGAACAAAAGAUGAAGAUAGAGGAUUUGAAAAACGAGUCCUUGAAAGAUUUGGCCAUAGAAUUUAGUCAUUUCGAAGAAUUGUUGGACGAGCAAAAAGCGAUUGCCGAAAUUGAAGACUACGAAUUUAUCGACGAAAGUUCGAAAUUGGACGAGGACGAAUUAGAAGAGAAUAUCGUCGAAAAUCAAAGAUCGAUAUCGCCGUUCAUCGAGAUGCCUUUGACGAAAAACGAAGUUACAGAAAAUUACAGGAUAAAAGUGAUGGAGAAAGAUUUUAAAGAUAGGAUGAUAGACCUGAAAAACAGGCUGCCCGAAACUUUGGAGAUUGUAAAUGAAGGGGAUAGUGUAUCGCAUAACAUGAAUCUUGAAACUGAAAAGGUAGAUGAAAAAAUCGUUUUGGAAAGUGUUUCGACCGAAAUUGUGAACGAAUCUGAGAAUGAGGAAGACGAAAAAUCGUUGAUCGAAUUUAUUAAUGAAAAUUUGAUUGGCGACAUUAUCCAGUGUAAACUCGAUUCUAUGAUCAACGAGAGAGCUUCGAUGGACGUUUCGAGUGAUACAUCGAAAUCGAACGUCGAUCUUCCCGAUAACGAUACCACCUUAAUAAUUAAAAAGGAAGAGACCAGCUACGAUGACGACGAAAAUCAUGAAAUUUAUUUAGAAAAAGGAAUGACUAUGGAUCGUGAAAAUGAAAAAGAAUUGAUAGAUGCAAAUCGAAAUGAGAUUGAUAACAACGACGAGAUUACAACGACAAGCGUAACAUGUAAUCCAGAAUCGGAGGACACUGUUCAAGUGGAAAUCAUCGAUGCUGUAUCAUCGUCGAAUGAAAAUUUACAAGGUCCAACGGACGAUAACAACAUCGAAAAAGUCGAUUCCAACGAAUCACUAUUCGCCUAUUUAACGGAAAAAGAGAACAGGCCGUACAUCAAAGGCAAAGUUUAUGAUUACGAUGAAAAAAAGCAUGGCGUAAGAAUGACGGAGCAGUAUAUCAAGAAACAUUGUAGAGAAAACAAGCUUUAUCAGACUCCUUGGUUGAACGAUGUCCUAUAUCUACAUUACAAAGGCUUCUCGUUUAUCGAAAAUCUGGAAAAGUAUACGGGUUUGAAGACACUUUGGUUGGAGAACAACGGAAUUCGUGAGAUUGCGAAUCUGGAGAAUCAAAGCGAACUGAGAUGUCUGUAUCUUCAUCACAAUAUAAUCAACAAAAUCGAAAAUUUGGAAUGCUUGAUAAAGUUGGACACUUUAAACUUGGCCCAUAACAUGAUUAAAAAGAUCGAGAAUCUUGACAGUCUGAAGUUCUUGAAUACGUUGAAUUUGUCUUAUAAUUAUCUACAAAGUAGUACCGACAUCGAGCAUCUCCGAUUACUGGAGUAUCUAUCGAUUUUAGAUUUGUCUCACAAUCGAAUAGAUACUUUCGAUAUCGUCGACAUUCUCGGUGAUAUGAAAUCUAUAAGAGUAAUUACUUUAACCGGUAAUCCGGUCUUAAAGAAUAUCAAAAUGUAUCGCAAGACGAUGAUUUUAAAGUGUAAGAAUCUUCAUUAUCUGGACGACAGGCCGGUAUUUCCACGAGAUCGUGCUUGUGCAGAAGCAUGGAUGCGAGGUGGUCCAGAAGAAGAGGCAGCCGAAAGACGACGAUGGAUUGAAGCAGAACAGAAAAGGAUCAACGACAGUGUUAUGGAGUUGAUAAACAAAAGAAAGCUUCGCAAACCGGUCGGUAGGCCCGAAAGGGAAGCGGAGGAAAUUAAUAAGAAAAAAACGAACCAACAGGACGACGAAGAAGUCGACAGGGAGAAGUCGCCGAUGCGUACGAGCAAGGAACUGGUAAGAACUAGUUUCGUCAAGGUCUGAUACAGAAUUCGUGCUUCGAAUAAGAUCAUCCUCGCGGUCCACACAUCGCGGACUAUUUGAUCAUUCACGUUGCGUGAAUCUUGUUGCCUGUAUGCCCUGCUGUUCUGCCCUGUUCUUUCUCUCUCUCUCUCUCUCUCUCUCUUUCUCCCCCUCUU